UUCGACCCGGCCAAGGUCACGGACGUCGAGAUGGCCUGCUGCCCCGAGUGGUUCUGCGGCGACGCGGCCAAGACGCCCGCGCGCUACCUCGAGACGCGGAACUGGAUGAUCUCGCAGUACGCGACGAAGCCCCAGCAGCUCCUCACGGCGACGGCGUGCCGCCAGCGUUUAGGCGUCGACGCGGCGUCCGCGCUGCGCCUCUUCGCGUUCCUCGACGCCUGGGGCCUCGUCAAC